AUGCCUUCUGCUAUUUUAAGCCUUCCACACUUGAGGAACCUUGAGUUGUAUGGAAACCCUGGUCUCAAAGUCAACCUCUCUUCCAUUGUGCAACAUGCUUCCCAGCUCAGUAGCCUUUCUAUUGCAAAUUUAGAUGUGGGAAGAAUGAUUCCAAAUUCUAUUGGAAAUAUGUCCUCAUUAACUACCUUAGCUCUUUAUGAUAACAAUAUUCAAGGUAGACUUCCAGAUUCUAUGGGGAAUAUGUCCUUGUUGACCAGCUUACAUCUUUCCUAUAAGAAUAUUGAAGGCAGUCUUCCAGAUUCUAUGGGAAAUAUGUUCUCAUUGACCACAUUACAUCUCUCUAGUAACAAUUUGGAAGGCAAUCUUCCAGAUUUUAUUGGAAAUCUCUCACAGCUAGAAUAUUUGGGUCUUUCCAGAAAUUCACUAAGAGGCAACAUUCCAUGGAGCUCUUUAGGUGGGAUAUCAAAGCUUUCACAUCUUUCUCUUGGUUCAAACCAAUUAAAUGGAAGAUUGCCAUCUUCUUUUGGUAAUCUCUCAUCUUUGGUCUGGCUUGAUGUUUCAAAUAAUUCUUUAAGUGGCACAUUCUUACUCUCUCAACUAGAAAAUUUCACAAAGAUUCGUUACUUGAGUCUUUCUGAUAAUUUCUUGAGAGUGAAAAUUGAAGACUUUUGGAUCCCAAGAUUUCAAUUUCAAGCUUUGUAUUUGAGUUCUUGUAAUAUGGAUGGUGAUUUCCCAUCUUUCCUAUCCACUCAAUACAACAUAGAGCAACUCGACUUGUCCAACAAUUCUCUUGGUGGAAAUGUUCUUGAUUGGUUGUGGGGCCUUACAUCAUUCAACACUCUCAAUCUCUCAUGCAAUUAG